CGUGUUGGCAAAAAGGAAAACCCGAAUAAUUCAACAGACGCGCAAAAUAGAAAUCCGUCUGGCCGUUUUUUACAAAUGAAACGAAACAUGUCAAGACAAGGAAUUGGGGAUGAAGAUGUGCAAGAGGCGUCCGAUAGAAGACGCUGUUAUCUUAAACGAAGUAUUUCACCGGUAAGAAAUACAAAAAACAAAAAACCUAAAGCUGGUUCAUCAAGUAAUAAUGAGUUAUAUUAUUUAAAUUUACCUUCCAAACAUCUGAUAAAUAAACAACAGUUAGAACUAUGUGGGAAAAUCCCAUUAAUCGUUCUUCGUCCCUUAAGUCUUGAAACAAUAAAACAAUCGCCAAAUUGUAACGUCAAAGAUAAUACUAAUACAACGAACCUAGAACAAGAUACAAGAAGCGAAGUUAUUAAUAACCUCAAUAACGAUCUCAAGGUAAAUCUCAUUGAAACAAUGACUAAAUUGUUGAGUCAAAGCUCAAUUAAAUUUAGUUCCCAUAUUAUGAAAGGCUGUACUAACGCAAGUUCGGUUGAAUCGACGACUUCAAAAAUCCCAGUUGAAUCAAGUAAACUGGAACAGGCUAAUUGUACUGGUCCCAUUGACUAUGUUUCUAGCUACAAAGAAAAAGAAAGCUACAAGAGUCAGCGGGAAACUGAAUUCUCGAAACAGUUAUCCAACAUCAGAGAUAAUGACCGUUUACAGGAUCUUAGGCAAAUUUCGGACAGUCAAACUUUAAAAAUCCCAGUUGAGGCAAGUAAUCUGGAACAGGCAAAAUGUACUGGUUCUAUUGACUUUGUUUCUAGCUACACAGAAAAAGAAACUUGUAGUCAGGGGGACAGUGAACUCUCGAAACAGUUAUCCAAUAUUAGAGAUAAUAACUGUUUACAGGAUCUUGGACAAAUUUUAGAAAGUCCUUUAUGGUUAGAAAUGUUAGACAUCUCGGAAGACGAAAACUUGCUGAAAACGUGUUAUUCUGAGACAAGUCUAUUGAGAUUAGGUAUCAACACCUACAAAAAAACGUUGUUUGAUGAGUUCAAACCUGUAUCAAAGAGUAGAAAACUGAAAAAAAAGAGAUUGCAGCUUCAAUUAAAAAAUAAUAGGAGCCUAAUAACACUUUAUAAAAAGAAUAAAGGUACGCAAAUUCGAGUUACAAGUAAAAAAAGAUUGUACAAUAGUCACAUACGCGAAAGACGUCAAUUUUGGGCUGAAUAUCGAAAAACACUUGUUAAUACAGAUCAGUGGAAAUCGUAUGUUCGUAUGUUUACUCCAGGUUCCACUCAGGAUUUUAAAUCUACUGAUUUAAGUGAUUCUGCUGAUCUACAUUCACCUAUUACUUCUCAGGAUCUCACGUUGUUGGAAGGCGGUCUCGAUUUCGCAAUAGUCUUUAGCGAAAUUCGACGAUUUAAACUAAGACAGAAAUUAUUUUUUCCAGAUAAGUUGAGUGUAAAAGACCAGGCCAUGGCUUCUCGUUUAUUAAAAUGCAUGUCUAGUUUUAAAGGUUCACAACCCAAUUCACCUAAAUCAUUGAAAGACUCAAUUAACUAUAGUUAUAACAUUAAUAAUGAACGGAUAGAAGUUGAAGAUACAAUACGUGACGUUCUGGAUAAUGUCGUAAGUACUGUUUGCACUACCCGAAAUGAAUGCAAUACUCAAAAUUCUGACUUGAAUAUUACGGAUAGUUUAUGCUUUUAUGAAAACGAAUAUGACAUUAGAGAAAAUAUUUUGUUUAAUGUUAAUCUUUCUGACUUAGCACCAGUUGACAUUCUACAUAAAAAUAAUGAAAAUGAUAUUGUUAACCUAACCAUUCCUGAGGUUGAUAUGGCCGAUAUCAAUAAUAUGAAUGUACCUGAUUUGAUUAAAUGUUCGAAUGUAUUGUCCAAUUUGAACGAAACAUUGAUAACAAGGAAAGUGUAUACACAAAAAGAUGCGUUGGAGGUUAAUGUAUUAGAAAAAUCAAAAAGUAAUGACAUCAAAAACUUGAACGAGAAUAAUAAUGAAAAUUUAAGUGAAAAAACAAAAACUAACGAAGACAAAAGCUUAAACGAACCAUUAAUUGAAAACUGUAAAACGUCCACUAUGAUAUCUACCGAAUGCGACUCUCAAAACGCCAUUGAUUUCAUGGACUAUUACAGUUGUAUGGAAACGAGCAUGUCACGCAGUAACGUUAAUUUUAUCUCUUCCGAUAACACACUUUUAGCCAAAAACUCGGAAAUCAAUAAGGAUGACGUAUCAGUAGACGUGAAUACGGCAGUAGACUACAAGGUAAUUAAAACUAAUGACUUUCAUGUUACAAACAAUUUCGCCUAUUCGAUUGAUGACCAUAUGAAUUCCGUGCUAUCCGAAAUUGCCAUAGACGCUGAAGACAACGGAUCGCCCUCAACCGACGACUCGUAUAAUUUGUGCAUCGUGACUAAUGAUGACGACGUACCCGUCCCUGAUACAUUCAGUGAUGAAGACAAUGAAGGAGAAAUCAAUACUACCAAAAACAUCGGAACUCUCCCAUACGAUCAUAAAAUCGUUGACACAAACGAAGUAUCCGAAGUUGCAAUUGAUUUAACUGUUGAUAACCAUGAAAAAAAUGUCAAUAUAUAUGAAGGACCAGUAAACGAGUUGCAACAAAUAAAUUCAAUCUCUAUAACUUUGGAAGACGUUGCUGAUAAUAAUGUCGUCACCAAAAUCGACUCGCCAAAAAACUUUGAAAAUAUAGUGCAACAUGAACAAGACUUUACGGGUAUUGUAUCGGUAGAAAAAAUAAUGAAAUGCCAAUCUAACGAGGAUAAAUUAAAGACGUGGAACGUAGCAAGCUCUUCUAGUGUUUCUAAUUUAGACAAAGUGAACAUCCACGAUUCAAAAUUGUUUGAACCAGUUACAACUGACAGUGACGAAUGGUUAUCCGACGAUUCUUCUAAACCUAGUACUAUAUCCAGCAUUACACACUCUAAUUUGGACAAUAUGAGUUUCAGCGAUGACAGUCAUAAUUUUGGAGAGCCAGAACCUUUCUCAUCCCAUCAAAUUGACGUCAACAGUGAGUUGUACAGCAACAUUGAUGUUAUGUCAGACGAGGAUAGUAAUUCUGUUUGUAGUUCUUUGGAUGAUGAUAAAAACACCCAAGUAAAAAACGAUGUUAAUAAUGAAACUAAUAAUAAAUUUAUUUUUCCGCUUAUCAAAACUAUUACGGAUAUCGCAUCGGACGAUUCUAAUUCUGAGAAGAAUGAAAACUCUUUAAGUGCUUCGAGACCAUCUCUAAGAGAAGAUCGAGAAAACGAUGUGGAAAAUAAUAUAGUGUCUCGUGAAUUAAACAAUGUACAUUUUUUAGAACAGUUUGAUCAGCAGAAUUUAGAACACAACAGUGAACUCUCCUUGUCUUUAAAUUCUGUUUCUCUUAGCACUGACAUUGACCCGGAUCAGGAAAAUAUAGAUUUUAGAUUAGAGGAAUCUGAAAAAAAUACUUUUAAAAAUGCUACCGUAACUUCUGGUGAGCUCCGAGAAAUUGACUCCGACAAUGAAUUACCUAUAAACAUACAAGAUGAAUUGGAUACAUCCAUCAGUUCCUCUUGUAAUUCACCAGAAAGUGAUCAAAUCAUCAAAGAGAGGGAUGACGUAAUAUUUGUUAACCAAAUAGAAGUUUCGACGACUAUUGUUGAUAAAAUUGAUUUGACCGAAACUUCAAACCAUUCUAUUAAGACCAAUGUGCCGCAAAAUGAAUUUAUUAUUGUACUUGAUGACGAAGAUAUGAAAUCUCCAAGUGGUGUCAGUCCGAUAGAUCCCAUAUUGGAAUACGAAGUACAUACUAGUGCAAGUAAUGAUUCCAUAAUUACGAGUAUCUCUGGAAUCGACAACGGUCAAAAUCGAAAUGAUAAUUCUAUGGACACCAAUACGAAUCGUAAUACUAGUCCUCUUUAUGAAACUAUUACAAUAAUCUCAUCAGAUGACUCUAAUUCUGCUACAAAUGAAAUGUUGAAUUCUUCCUUACAAUCUACAGAAAAAUAUCAAGAAAACAACGCAGAGAUUGCAUGUAAUUCGUCAGAAGACUAUCCAAAUAUGCAAGAUCAAGAAGACGUGGUUGCUGAUAACUCAAUAGAAAUUAACCAAUCAAAAACUAAUACUGUAGAAAAUCUCAGCACGACACCUGUGGCGCAUCGGGAAAUAAAUGUAGACAGUGAAUUGGCUAUGUAUAUAGAAGACGUAUUAGGCGAAAUCAGUGACUCUGAAUCUGAUUCAUUGGAAAGUGACCAAUCCCUUCAAGAUGUCGAGACUGAUAUCAAUCCAAAUAAAUUUGUACCAACUUUUAAUAAUGAUAUGAUUUCAACCACAAUUGUAAGCCAACCAUCUUUUAAAGUAUCGAAUAAAGCAAACCAUGUUACUGAUACGAACCCGGAAGACCCUAAUUUCAAACUAGCCAAAUCCAAUACUGUUACUGACCUCAACAGCUGCGAGCAAGAUAAUUACAUCCCUACCAGUACUAUUUCAAACUCGCAAAGCACAAGUUCAGAUAACAGUUCUAGCAAUGGUGAUAGCGAUAAUGAUAGUGAUCUCUCUGAAAGUGUGGUAGAAAAAUAUGAUAGUGAUAGGUGUAAUAGGUAUUCUAAUGCCGUUUUAAAUAUUAUCCCGGACAGUAUUGCAACUCCAGAUGUUAGUGUCCAAGAUUACGAAGACAAAAGUAUUAAAAAUUCAAACUGUAAAAAUAACUUGAAACCUUCUGAAGUUUCCAGACAAGAAGAUAAAGAUGUGACAACUAACACUAGAGUGCACGAUAAUUUUAAACAAGAUUCUCCACCACCCGACGGAUCCCAUCUUUUGAAUAGCACAGCAACGCCUACAAAUAUCUCCCAAGAUACUGAGGUUCAGAUUAAAGAACACAAGGACAAUAAUAAUUUAAAAAAAAAUAUUUCCUCGGUGGUUGAUCACUCAUCUAACAAUCAAAGUGCCAACAAAGAUGAAGAAAUACCAGUUACAGCUACAACGUCCACGCAACAGAUUAAAAAUAGUAACAAAAAAUAUCGCAGUGUGUAUUUUAACGGUACCACCUAUUUGAUGACUUCUAAUACCAAUUUUUAUAUUGGCGACUUCUCCGACUUAGUUAACAAUGAUGAUGGACGUAAUCUUUAUGCUGAUAUUGUUGCCACGGACCAGCCAGCCAACCAUAGUGCUGCCAGUAGUACCACCAGCCAUAGUACUACUGUCACUCGUAAUUUAACCAAAGUUACCGCAAGUUCUUCCGUGACAGUUAGUCCUGAUGUUACCGUCAGUCAGACUACCGACAACAUUGAUGCUAGUGUACAUUCGGACCGUAAUAACGAAACUGGUCCUUCCAAUAACAUGUUGGAUGAAGCUAGUUCUACAAAAACUGACUUUGGGGUUGAUAAACGGCCUGUUUAUUUUCACAACCGCCCCACAUACACUACUAACCUUCCUGCUGACAUGUAUGCCGAUGCUUCUGUUACAUUUACCGGCCUUCCGACUAACGUCAUCGACCCAGGCUUAAAUGACAACUUUAGAUUCAUUGAAAACGACAAUCUUGAAUCGUUUUACGUGGACAGCAUUUCGCACCACCGUUUUUAUAACGAUGAAAACACUGUUAACAGUAACAUAUAUAGGGAAAACAACAGCGUUUCUGUCCUAAAUAAUUAUUCCAAAUAUUGCGAUAAUGUACAACUACCUGAUCAGUUUGAUGCUAAUGAAUGGAAAUUGUAAUUUUCACAC